CUCGAUAUUUACUUUAAAAAUAUUAAGUGUGGUUAUUGUUACCAUAAAAUUUGGAAGUUUGUGUAAAAUGUUAACUAAAAAUUUAUACAUUUAUAUAAAUAAUAUCAAUACAUAAAAAUUUAUUCUUCAAGAGAAAAUUCCCAGUUUUAAUCCGCUGCAAAAUAAUAUAAUUUUUUUCAUUAAUUUUCAAUAUUUUUAUUAACAUAAUAUAAACAACAAUGCCAAGUGACUCAGAUUCAGACCGAAGUAAUAAAUACCGAAAAAAGCAUUAUCGACGAUCCAGAUCGAGCAGUUCAGAUUCAUCUAACAGCUCUUCAAAUCAUAAACGAUCUUCAAAAUAUUCUAAAUCUCGACGUCGAUAUAGAUCUCGCUCAAGAAGCCGUGACGAUCCUCGACCUAAAAGUAGUUACAGAUCUUCUCCAGGAAGUUCUAAAAGUAAAGACAAACGGAGAUAUAAAGAUCGACGAAGAUCCAAGUCGAUAUCACCUGUGCGAUCAAAUAGUAGAAAGAUACGAUCACCAUCUCGGGAAAAGUCAACAAGUCGCUCAAGUAGCGUUCAUUCUAAUAUUAAAAUUCCAUUAGAAAAAUCUGUUAACAUUCCAAUUAAAGAUGAAUUUACAAUCGAACCACGGAUUAAGGAAUCUAUAUUAGAAGAAAUCAAUGCUGACAGUUUUGUACCGAAAAAAUUUACUUCCAACGCCCAAGUAAAAGAAAAAAAAUUAAUUAAAAAUCAUGUAAUUGAUCUCACAGGUGACAAUGUUAAAGUACCAAUAGUAUCUAAUCCUUCAGUUGUCUCCGAAAGUAUAUUUCAUAGCUCGAUUUUAAUGGAUCAAACAGUACAUUUUGACAAAUGGGUGAAGAAAUUGUAUAAUUUACGACAAAAAGCUAUAUCAGAUUUAUUGUCUCUCACUUGACAAUUGAGUAAUUAGAUAAGUCAAUAUUUAACAAUAUUUUCUUGACUGAAUAAUACCUAACUAUUUCAUGUAAAUUGAAUUCGACAUAAUAUUAUAAAUUA